AUGGAAAAAUGGAAAGAACGAGUGCUGGGGGGCGAAGAUGUAGAUGUGGAACUGAUGCACUGGUUACCGCAACAAACGGCUGUGUGGAGUUGGAAGAAAACUGAUGAAAUGAGUUUCGCUGAACUCAUGAUGCUCUACCACAUUGUCCAGAUGAUUCGCAGUCAUCCACUCGUAAUCAUCGACGCCCAUGGCGCUCAAAGAACAGGCGCUGUACUAAGACAUGAAGCAGAUUGCAACGUCUACAGAGCUAUAAAUGGUGCCUCGGUCAUUUAUUCCUGCAACGGUGAGCCAGAAAAUCUCACUUUCCAAUUAGGCUCUAAUUUUCAAAUGGAAAAAUUAUCAUUUUCGGAAGAUGAAAAUGUGAAGAGCUAUUGGAUGAAAGGAAUUUUUGCCUCAGCGGCUGGACAUCAGCAUCACACUCAUUCGGCACACAAGCCACAUGCGGUACAUCAUGACCCCCAUCAGCACCACGCAUUUGUGAAACACCAAAAGAAGCGCGUCAACAGGAAAAAGUACGAACUUUUGAAGCUACGUCGAAAACGUGAAGCUCUGGAACGGAUUCAGAAAGAGGCACCGGAUAUCCUGAAAUUACCGAUGGCACGGCGGAAGUUGCUUUGUAAAUAUCGAAAAUCAUGUUACGAGACUGGCGUGGUGCCGGAAACAUGGAAUAUUCGAAAUAUCAUUCCGCGAUUUCUGCAGCCAAAAAAGGAACCAAAGCCAGAGACACUGGCAACAAUAGACAACGAAACAAAAGAGGAGAUUAGUGAAUCGGAGCUGAAGUUACUCUGUCGAUACCGCAAAUCUUGCUAUCAGGAAGUAGGAGCCGAAAUCGAACGGCUUUAUGAAAAUAUCCAUAUUGUACCGAUGCUUGCCCGUCGUUCUCCGAUAGCGCUGCCGCCGAAGAGGCACAAAACAAUCGAAGAAAUUGCUCGAAUCGCGCUGGCGAAGGUGGAAGAGAAGGAAAAACUGGCUGCACAGAGGCCGUUGCCGAAGAAAGUGAUCAUCGAUAAGAAGCUGAACGAGAUCGAUGAGCAAAUGAGGAAGCGCCUGGCAUGCAAGUAUCGCAAAUCCUGCUACGAGACUGGCAUCCUGCCUGAACAUUUUCCCGGUGCAUUUUACAAUCCACUGCCACGGCUCUACAAAUUCAUCCAGCAAAAGAUUCUCAGAAGACGUGCGAAAGAACGCAUUCACAGGGAGUUCAAUGACCUUGAAGAAAAUGAGAAAAAACUGUACUGCAAAUAUCGGAAAUCGUGCUAUGCUACUGGGGAAAAGCCCGUAAUUGAGCCCGGUCAAAUGUUUCAGUAUGUACAUAUCGUUAAACUGCAUGAGGAACUGGUCCCUUUAGAGAUACGAUGCAAAUACCGGAAAUCGUGCUAUGAGAGUGGAAACUUGCCGGAGCUGGGAAGCAAGAAACCGGAAAUCCAAAAAACGCCAAGUCCAAUCCAAAAGAUUACAACGCUAUACGGUCUGAAAUUGUCCUGCAAAUACAGGAAAAGCUGCUACCGACGAAAAGCACAGGAACCACAGAAUGCAAGUGCUGAGCUUUUUGAAGAACUUGCGAAGCUGGGUCAAGUUGAGGCAAAAGCUGAAAAACAAAAGGCGCAAAAAGAGCAACCUGUGCCUCCAAAGAAACCAAUAAAACUGAGAGAAGUUGUGGAA